UCAUCAUAUUGAAUUGAAAUUUCAUUACCCAUGUAAAGACCUUGAUGCAGAAUGCAAAGUUUCUCUACGAAAACUAAAGAAAUGUUUAUAGUGCGUGCUCUAGAGAAAAUCCUUGCCGACAAGGAUAUCAAACGUUCCCAAAAUUCCCAAUUGAAAAAAUCAUGCGACACAGCCUUGGAACAGAUAAAGGCCGAACUGAUCAGUGCUGGUCAAAUAGCCGAAGGUAAUGAGCUCCCCUGUGCUGCACUGCCGUUGCCGAAAAAUGAUGCAGCCAGCAUAAUAAAUGCGGAGACAUAUUUUCUGCCAUUUGAAUUGGCCUGUAAGAGUCGUUCACCGCGCAUUGUGGUCACGGCCUUAGAUUGUUUGGAAAAACUCAUAGCAUAUGGCCAUUUGACGGGUGCCAUACAGGAUUCAUCGAAUCCGGGCCAUUUGCUUAUCGAUCGUAUUGUCAAUACCAUAUGUGGGUGUUUCAAUGGACCGCAAACGGAUGAAUGUGUCCAGUUGCAGAUAAUCAAAGCCCUCCUGACGGUGGUCACAUCACAACAUGUUGAGAUACACGAAGGAACGGUGCUGCAGGCGGUACGCACCUGUUAUGACAUCUAUUUGUCGAGUAAAAAUUUGGUUAAUCAAACAACAGCAUGUGCCACCCUGACCCAAAUGUUGGAUGUCAUCUUUUCACGUAUGGAAAAUCAGGUGUAUGAAGUUGCAGCCCAGGCGGCUUUGGCAGCUUCACAGGCCAAUAAUGGUCAUCAUGAUGCGAAUACAUCGCAAGCCUCUGAGGCCAGUUGCAGUGUGAAGAGUAGUGUGGGAGGUGGUGGUGGCACUGAUGUUGAGGAGACACCGGAAACUGUGGCCGCAGCUGUGGUGGAUGAGAUAUUGAACCAUGCGACAGCUAAUAAUAUCAGUGGAAAUACUAAUAAUACCAGUAACAAUAACAUUUCGAUUACUGGUUCCGAAGGUACCAACACCAAUAAUCACACCCAUAAUUCAGAAGAAAGUGUUGAGGUACAUAGUGAAAAUGAUGCUGUGGUUACAGCCAAGUUUACCCAUGUCCUACAAAAAGAUGCCUUUUUGGUAUUUCGGGCAUUGUGUAAACUCUCCAUGAAACCAUUGCCGGAGGGACACCCAGAUCCAAAGUCCCAUGAGCUAAGAUCAAAGGUGUUAUCGUUACGUCUGUUGUUGUCUAUUCUACAAAAUGCUGGUCCCGUUUUCCGUUCCAAUGAAAUGUUCAUUAUGGCCAUUAAACAAUAUUUGUGUGUGGCCUUGUCGAAAAAUGGUGUUAGUUUGGUGCCGGAGGUAUUCGAAUUGUCGCUGUCGAUUUUUGUUGCCCUCCUGUCGAAUUUCAAAAUACAUUUGAAGAAGCAAAUUGAGGUAUUCUUUAAGGAGAUCUUUUUGAAUAUUUUGGAGGCCACCUCAAGUUCGUUCGAACACAAAUGGAUGGUGAUACAGGCUCUGACGAGAAUAUGUGCCGAUGCUCAAUCUGUUGUGGAUAUCUAUGUGAAUUACGAUUGUGAUUUUCAGGCGGCGAAUUUAUUCGAACGCCUUGUCAAUGAUUUGUCCAAAAUUGCUCAGGGCCGUCAGGCUUUGGAAUUGGGUGCUAAUCCCAUGGAGGAGAAAUCAAUGCGUAUACGUGGCCUGGAAUGUUUGGUGUCGAUAUUGAAAUGUAUGGUCGAGUGGAGUCAAGAUUUGUAUGUCAAUCCGAAUAUGCCUUCAUUAAAUGCCCAUGAGGGUACUGCGGCUACGGCGGGUCAUAAUAGAUCAGGGCAUUCGGUGGAUUUGCAAUCUCCCACGGGGGAUAAUGCUGAUGCAGUAUCGCACACGAAUGCCUUGGGUAUACGUUCCAUGCAUGGCGGAUCGAGCCAUAGUUUAAAUUCCUAUGGCAGUGUUAAAAAUACGGAGGUCCUGGAUUUACCCGAAGCCUUGGAGGAAAGGAAAAUGCGUAAAGAAGUUAUGGAACAGGGUAUUGAGUUGUUCAAUCGCAAACCGAAGAAGGGUAUACAAUUUUUGCAGGAGAAGCAAUUGGUGGGAGCAACACCCAAAGACAUUGCCAAGUGGUUACAUGAAGAUGAUCGUUUGGAUAAGACCGCUUUGGGUAAUUAUAUUGGCGAGAAUGAUGAUCAUUCCAAGGAGGUAAUGUGUGAAUAUAUCGAUGCAUUUGAUUUCACAUCGCUGGAGGUGGUGGCAGCAUUACGUAUGCUGUUGGAGGAAUUCCGUUUGCCCGGGGAGGCACAAAAAAUCGAUCGUCUGAUGGAGAAAUUUGCCAGUCGUUAUUGUGAAUGUAAUCCCAAUAAUCCGCUGUUCCAAUCUGCGGAUACGGUUUAUGUUUUGGCCUUUUCCAUUAUCAUGUUGACCACGGAUCUGCAUUCGCCUCAGGUGAAGAAUAAAAUGACCAAGGAACAGUAUAUCAAAUUGAAUCAGGGUAUUAGCGACAGUCGUGAUGACUUACCCGUGGAAUAUCUAUCUUCGAUCUAUGAUGAAAUUGCUGGGCAUGAAAUUAAAAUGAAGAACACAGUGGUAAAUAAACCCGGAAAGCAGAUCAUUGCCAAUGAGAAGCGGCGUAAAUUAUUGUGGAAUAUGGAAAUGGAGGCAAUAUCCACAACGGCGAAAAAUCUCAUGGAAUCGGUGUCGCAUGUCAAAUCCCCCUUCACGUCGGCCAAGCAUUUGGAACAUGUAAGGCCAAUGUUCAAGAUGGCAUGGACACCAUUUUUGGCUGCCUUCUCGGUGGGUUUGCAGGAUUGUGAUGACCCAGAGAUUGCCUGCUUGUGUUUGGAUGGUAUACGCUGUGCCAUACGCAUUGCCUGUAUCUUCCAUAUGACCUUGGAGCGUGAUGCUUAUGUGCAGGCCUUGGCCAGAUUUACGUUAUUGACGGCAAAUUCACCAAUUAAUGAAAUGAAGGCGAAAAAUAUCGAUACUAUUAAAACGUUGAUUAUGGUAGCUCAUACAGAUGGUAACUAUUUGGGUUCGAGUUGGUUGGACAUUGUCAAGUGUAUCAGUCAAUUGGAAUUGGCCCAGCUAAUUGGUACAGGGGUGAGGCCGAAAUUUUUGUCGGGCGCCCAAACCACCCUCAAGGAUACUUUGAAUCCUAGUGUCAAGGAACACAUUGGCCAGACGAGUAGUCAAAGUGUGGUGGUGGCUGUGGAUCGUAUUUUUACUGGGUCCAUACGGCUGGAUGGUGAUGCUAUUGUGGAUUUUGUCAAGGCCUUGUGUCAGGUCUCCGUUGAAGAGCUGCAAAACCCCCAGCCCCGCAUGUUCUCCUUGCAGAAAAUCGUUGAAAUCUCCUAUUACAACAUGGAACGUAUCCGUUUGCAAUGGUCCCGCAUAUGGCAGGUGUUGGGUGAACAUUUCAAUACGGUCGGCUGUAACAUGAAUGAGGAAAUAUCAUUUUUCGCUUUGGAUUCACUGCGUCAGCUAUCGAUGAAAUUUAUGGAAAAGGGCGAAUUUGCCAAUUUCCGUUUCCAAAAGGAUUUCCUAAGGCCGUUUGAGCACAUCAUGAAAAAGAAUCAAUCACCGGCCAUUAGGGAUAUGGUGGUGCGCUGUAUAGCCCAAAUGGUUAACUCUCAGGCCCGCAAUAUCAAAUCGGGUUGGAAAAAUAUCUUUUCAAUUUUCCAUUUGGCGGCGGGGGAUCAUGAAGAGGCCAUUGUUGAGUUGGCAUUUCAAACCACGGGGAAAAUCAUCGGAGAAUUAUAUCAAAAGCAAUUCGCCAUAAUGGUCGAUUCGUUCCAAGAUGCCGUCAAGUGUCUAUCCGAGUUUGCCUGUAAUGCCCGGUUUCCGGACACCAGUAUGGAGGCAAUACGUUUGGUGCGAACCUGUGCUUUGUGUGUCCACGAAUCACCUCAGCUCUUUGCCGAACAUGCCGGCAUGGAAAAUGAUAUUUCGGUGGCGGAAGAGGAUCGGGUAUGGGUACGCGGCUGGUUCCCCAUGCUCUUCUCCCUGUCAUGUGUGGUAAAUCGUUGUAAAUUGGAUGUAAGGACGAGAGGUCUCACAGUGCUCUUUGAAAUUGUCAAGACCCAUGGUGAUAGCUUCAAACCCAAUUGGUGGAAAGAUUUAUUUAAUGUGAUCUUCCGCAUUUUCGACAAUAUGAAGUUACCUGAACAUGUUACCGAAAAAUCCGAAUGGAUGACGACGACCUGCAAUCAUGCCCUAUAUGCCAUUAUCGAUGUUUUUACCCAGUAUUUUGAUGUAUUGGGGCAUUUGCUAUUGGAGGAUUUGUUUGCCCAACUCCAUUGGUGUGUUCAACAGAAUAAUGAACAGCUGGCCAGAUCGGGUACAAACUGUUUGGAAAAUCUAGUUAUUUCCAACGGGUUCAAAUUCAAUGAAGCCACCUGGGAUAAAACCUGUCAAUGUAUAUUGGACAUUUUCAAUGCCACCUUACCGGGAGAAUUGCUUACCUGGCGGCCAAAUCCCCAGCAGCAACAGCAAAUGCAAAUACAAAUGCAACAUCAGCAGCUGCAGCAGCAACAACAGCAUCAGCAACACCAACACCAAAUACAAAACUCCAACCCAUCACGUAAAAAUUCCCAAUCACGCAACAGCGUCGAUGGCCUCAAUCGUUCAUAUUCCCAACAUUCCGUUUAUAGCCACACGGGCAGUUUCGAUGAGGAUAGCCAUCACUCGAACACCCAAAUUCAAACCCCCGUGGUCCCACAAAAUCCCGCUCUAUUCGAAAGUCUCAAUAUUAAAUGUGUGGUACAGCUGGAGCUGAUACAAACUGUAGAUAAUAUCAUUUUCUUCCCGGCCACCUCACGCAAAGAAGAUGCCGAGACAUUGGCGCAGGCCGCCGCUGAUUUAACCGGCAACUGUCCCACACAGGCGAUAUUGGAUUGCCAGCGUGAAGAGCAGGGGAUGUAUAGUUAUUUGCGCACGCGUCAACUGCUCACCCUGGCCGAUUGCCUAAUGCAAUCGCAUCGUUUUGCGAAACGUUUCAAUGCCGAUCAGGAGCAGCGUAAUGUGUUGUGGCGUGCCGGUUUUAAGGGUUCAAUAAAACCCAAUUUGUUGAAACAAGAAACCGCUUCGUUGGCUUGUGUGCUGCGCAUCUUCUUCAAAAUGUACGGUGAUGAGAAUAGACGUAGUGAUUGGCCUGGUAUUGAACAGGAAUUGGUGCAGGUGUGCAAGGAGGCAUUGACCUACUAUUUAAGUUUACAAAGUGAACAGCAUCGUGAUGCCUGGACAUCGUUGCUGCUACUGAUUUUAACGAGAUUACUUAAGAUGGCUGAUGAUAGGUUUGCCACCCAUGUCUCCAAUUAUUAUACGUUAUUAUGUGAAAUGAUGUGUUUCGGCAUGAAACCAGAAUUACGAAGUGUCCUUAGACGUGUAUUUUUGCGUAUUGGUCCUGUUUUUAAUAUAUCGAAUGCAAAAUAGUGUUUAAUACGACAGCGUAACCACCAACCACUACAACAACAGCAACAGUCCAUUGGAAGAAAGUAUUCGAAACGAGACGAAA